AUGGCGGGACAAGGACGAACAAUCCUCAUCACAGGAUGCUCUCAGGGGGGUGUCGGUAAUACACUGGCGCUCGCAUUCGCAGCCCAGGGCCUGCGCGUAUUUGCAACUGCUCGCUCCCUCAAGUCGGUGGCGAACCUCACAGAAAAGGGCAUCGAGACGCUCACACUCGACGUGACGAGCUCGGAGAGCAUCGCUACGGUUAAGGAGGAGAUUUCAAGACGUACAGGCGGUAGCCUUGACAUUCUGUACAACAACGCGGGUGCUCUCUACGAAGCACCAGCAGUAGAAGCAGACUCCUACCGCACCCGCCAAAUGUUCGACGCCAACGUCUUCGGCCUCUUCGACAUGGUAACAGCCUUCACCCCGCUCCUCCUCGCCGCCGUCUCCACCUCUUCUUCCUCCUCUCACCAACCGACAAUCGUCAACGUCGCCUCCGUCCUCGCCCGCCUCCCAGGCCCCUUCACAUCAGGCUACAACGCCACAAAGGCCGCCGUAGCAGCCUACUCCGACACCCUCCGCCUCGAAGUCGCGCCCCUCGGCCUCCGCGUUCUGACGGUCUACAUGGGCGAGGUCGCCACGUCCAUCAUCCAGGCCAACAACAUCGCCUUUGACCGGGACAGCCUGUACGUCGACGCCGAGGACAAAGUGCGCGAGCGCAGCGCCACGCACGAGAAGACGACGAUGAAGCCCGAUGAGUUUGCGCGGCAGGUCGUGCCGCUUGUGCUGAAGAACGGAGGGAGCCCGUAUGUGUGGAAGGGCACGAAUGCGUGGCUUGUGUGGUUUUUGAAUGCGUUUGGGCCGAGGACGGUGUUUGAUGGGACUAUGAAUGGGACGUCUGGGUUGGGUGAUGCGGUGAUUAAGAAGAAGAUUUUCGAGAGGGGGCAGGAGAAGGUCAAGAAGGCCUAGGUUCUGGUUUUCCAGAGUUGGCAAGAGUCAAUGACUGGGCGGGGUGAUGUUGGUGAUCUAGAGCGGCAUUCUGAUUUCCUGUACCGCGUUUUUUUGUUUUUGAUUUUGCUUGUUCACCUUUUCCUGAGAUGAGCCGCAACAGGCAUUAGAGUAAACCUACCUAUCAGCGCUUAAUCCAAUCUUCCGUUUCUCGAAUAUCUCGCUCCAAGAACAUCACGAGACUUCCUCAACGUUCCCCGGGGUUCCACCUCUUCAGCUCGAUGCACGAGAUCUCUCACACCUGCUUUUCUUCUCGCAG